UACAGGUGUGAGCCACCAUGCCCGGCCUAAUUUGGUUUUUUAAUAUUAACACUUGCAUCAAUAUCACUUUUGGUGCAAUAGGUGAAUUCAACUUACUAUUUUUGUUAGGUAGCCUCAAUGACUACCUAGUUCUCAUUACAACUUUGUUAAGUAAUUCUCUUUUCCUUUGUUUUGGAGAGCUUAUUUUGCUAUAUAAUGUUUAUAUAUACGUAUAUACACAUAUAAAUAUGUGUUUAUAUUGGAUCUAUAUCUGAACUUCAUUUUGUGUCACUGAUACAUUUUUCCAUUUCCAUACUAUUUUAAAUAUUGUUACUUUUUGGUAGAGUCUAGUAUCUGUCAGGGUAAGAUUAUCCUGUUGGAUUUAUGUGUGUGUGUCACCUCUACACUUCUGUUCAACUCUCCAUCAAAAAAAAAAUUCUGUGCUUUUCCAGGAACUUCUGUGGUUUUCAUGAUAAAGUUCUCACAUAUAUGUUGUUGCACUUACUCCUAUGUAUUUCUAAAUAUGUUAUGCAUUUCGUUUUUAUUGCAAAUGUACUCUCUUUGGCAUGUUUUCUGGCUGGGUAUUAUUGAAUGUAGAAAACGAGUAUAAGUAAAUUUUGGAUUUGUGGUUUUAAAUUUUAUUCUAGGAUGAUUUUGUUCAUGGUAAUGAUUCUUUGGGACUUCUUGGGCAUGCAGUCUUGUCACCUGCAGAAAUAGUUUGUUAUUCUCUUUCAAAGAAUAUUAGCAGCUGACCUAUAAGAGAAGUUGUCUAAAAUGACUGGAACUCAAGCCAGCCAAGGCAAAGUUUGGCUUGCUUUCUCUUCAUAUAGAGAUUGAGUGAAUAAAUGAAAGAAGUUGUGUUUAUUUUCAAAUGCUCUAAAAGAGAGAUAUUGGGAAUGCGUCUACAUUCUGUAGCAGUAAUAACAAAAAAAUGAAAAUGAAUUUAUGAAUUUAUGGUGUAAAAUGCUUUGAGAUUGCCAUAUGAUAUUGCUUUAUUAUUUGACCGUGGUAACAUGUGUGUUUUGAUUUCUCGCCCGUGUCCUAGGGUAAGGUGUCCUGGCCUUCUAGGGAAGUUGUUUUACCAUAGCCCUUGAUAAAGAGCAGGGUCACUGCUCGGGUUUUCUGGGUUGAGGGAAGAAGUUAUGUGUGUUACAGCAGGUGGAGAGAAUGUUUACCAGUGUGGUCUGUUCCUGGACAGCUGCGGAGACUUAAUAAGCCACUGAGAGAGGUGGUUGUCAUCCCUGGAGGGAGAAGGCAUGUACCCCACUUCACUUAGGGAGUCAGCAAACCUGAUUCCAAAGUACAGCAAAAGUAUGACUGGAUGGUGGCAGAGCUGUUGUUCAUGCUUUGGGCUAAUUAACUGCAGACUAGAUAAGUGAGAUGAGUUUUUAUCAGCAUUACACAAAACUUGAUUUUAUCAGAAGCCACAUAACCUCACUGGGCCUAGGUUUUAUUAUCUAUAAAGAAUGGGAAUAAACUUGCCUGGUAAAAUUAGGCUUAAAUGUAGAAUGCUGGCUAGGACAGCAUUCAGCACAUAGUAAGCACUCAAUAAAUUGUAAAAUGGGACUUUUUAAUUGCUUGGCUUCUCGUCUAGUUUGUAUAUAGCAUAAGUGGGGCUGGUUUGACUCAGAGGUGCUGCCUAAAGACAAAGGGGAAAACACGCGCGCACAUACACACACCCUGCUUGGUUUCUUUCACCUGUCCUGAAUGUUUUUGGAAACAUGACAGCAGAACCUGUGGACUUAGGGCCUGUACUCUGGGCUGAAGAGCCUCUUGAUUCUCAGAAACACAAACUGCUAAGGUUUACUGACCUUCCGGCCCAGGGCACGUCUUAUUCAGUUUGGCUGUUCCUAACUGAUCAUAGCUUUGUUGAGUAAGAUGAACUGCUUUGGUUCCUUGUGAUUUGCUAAUGGUGUUAUACUUGUGCUUGAAGGCAUUCUGGACACUUUAAAACCACAAACAAAUAAUUUGCUUCCCAUUAGGCCUCUUGCCUGAACAGUGAACACUUGCAAGUAUCCUAAGCUUUUAUUUUAUUUUUUGAGGGACACAAAGAUAGUUGAGUCAGUCAUCUGAUUUACAAUCAGUUUUGUUUGGAGAUUUUGUGAAGCCUAGGGGAGUAGAAAUAUCCUGAAUAUAACAAUAAAAUUCAAAGAAAUGUUUCAUACGGCAAUCUUUCAAAUUUUCCCUAAAGAGUUAGAGGACAAACUAACCUAUUUCAGUUUACAAGAACAAAACAGUGGAAUUCAGCUCUCAGUUGAUAACGUAGGUUGAAUGCAAGAAGUACACAGUAUGAUGGGGGGAGAACAGGAGUGCUCUCUGCAAAUUCUGUUACUGAAAAUUAACAAACGCAAAUAAUAGAAAAAAUAUUUCUAUGCAAUGUAAAGCUAUUUUUAAAAGAUACUAUUGCCAGUCUUAUGUUAAAGAAAGCUUACUUAAUCCUCUUCCUCCUGAAUUAAGUGCUACAUAUUCUCAAACAGGAAUUUUAUUUGAAAUAGCCUUUGAGCAGUUCCUGGGUGCUCUCUUGCAUUUGCCUAUGAUAGAUUUGCCUGGAAUUAACAAUAGGUGUUUAGGGAGUGAGGCUCCUGAGGUGUUUGUCCUGGCAUGUAUAUUCAUUCCUGUGGAGGGGUCCUAUAGCCUUGGAGCUCUUUGAGGCUGGGGGCCUGGGGUAUCUAUUUCAGUGAUGAUUAACGUCCAGAGUGGUGAGAUAGACACAGAUAAGCAGAGUGUGUUUAUUUGUUUUAAAAUGAUUGUGCUUAAGAGCAUUUUCUUGGCCCAGAAAGCAUAUAGUUUGCUAGCUCUGAAUGGAGAUGGUAUUGCUAACUGGUUACCUUUAAGGCCUAAACUGUGAUCUUCAGAAAACAAUUAACAACUCAAAGUAGCUUAGGUUUUCUCCAGUUUUCUGCCUUACCCAGGGAGGAGAGUCACCUAUUUGUUCUCUAGUUCACUGAAUGGUUUCGUAUAUGGAUGUAUUUAUUGUCUUUAGCAUUUGGAAAGGUCUUAUUUUUAAUGGUUUCUAUGAGUUAAUAAAAUACAGUUUAGUUUACAGGUUCAAAAUAAAAUAGUACACCUGUGGAAGCAGGGCAUGCUCUAGUGCAAUCACUACCUCCAAAUGCGAACUGGAAGAAUGGAAGAGGCCUCCUCUAAGACCAUGAGAAUAUAGAAGCUGUUUAUGCCCUUUCCAGGGCCUGAAUUUUCUAGCUUUCAAGGCAGAAACAUGGAGAAACCCAGUGUCUUCACAGUCUGUGAGAUGAGCAAUCUGUAGUAUGAAUUCAUACUGGAAUGAGAGCUCUGAAAAUACUUCAGUACUCUAUACUUUUCAGUUUUUUGCACCUGGAACCUUCAUCUAAGGUGAAGAUUGUGCUUGAGCUGCUGAAAUCCCCAACUGACAGUGAGGUCACUGAGGAAGUAUACAGGUUUUUUAAAAAAUUAUUUUUGAAUGUGUGACUUAGAAAAGAAUUGUUUGUGACAACUUAACCUUAGCUCUGGGUUGACCCUGGCACUGGAUUAAUUUUUGGUCCUGACAUGUAAUCAUGGAACAGGGAGAAAUUUAGACAGAUUCUUCUUGAGACCAGGCUCCAAAAAUAUUUGAAAAUUAAGAUGAGUUCAACUGUUUAAAAAAAAGGAGAAAAUUGGGUUUUGAAUUUUCAGUGAAAAUUGGCAGACUUCCCACUUUGAUCUGCAGAAGCUGACUUUUGCUAAGCUUCAGAAUUUACCUCAGGUGUGUCAGCUGAGUCACGGUUAAGAAUCCAGAGAUUUGGUUUACUCUUGAGGAGAGUCCUUCCUAGUCAGCAGUCUUGCUCAGAUGGAACUCCAAUUGUAAUCAGUUGAAUCAAGAUGGUUAUGGUAAUUAAGAAUAUAUUUAUAUACCUUGAAUCAUGUAAAUACGUGAGCUUUCUCUAAAACUGAGUAUGAGACUAUGUGGAGAAAGAAUUUACCUCUUGUUAGCGGUUUGGUUGCCUUGUCUCAAUUUUGAGUCAGUUCUUCAUUUUAUCCAAACUGUCCACAUUGCUCUCCCUGGAAGUCUGGGCCACCCAAUGGGCCCCUGUGCCUGCUGCCCCUCUUUAGCCCACAAUUAAUUGCCAGCACAUUCUUUCUUCUUCCUCUUCUUUUUUGGUAUUUGACAUGAGCUCAAAUUGCUGAGAAAGGUGACAACUGUGAAAUGAAGACAGGGCUUGGAGACACCUUAAAAAAUACAUGCAAAGGCCACUAAAUGACAAGAGCAGACUGCCAGCCUCUUUCAAAACAUCACCACGUCUGUUGACUUUCCAUUCCUUGUCCACAGCACAAAAUUGGAGGUCAAAGAAUCAUAGGAGUUAGAGAUGGAAAAGACAUUUGGGGUCAGCCAGUUCAUCCCUCCGCCUUCUCCUGCCCCGAUUCCAAAUCAUUCCUUGCAUUAUAUUUUCUCCCCCAGCUCUUGUACAGUUUUCACGGUCUUCACUCAACCCUGGCUGUCACCUUUGGGGAAUGAUGCUGGAGGUUCUCUCCAGUUUCUCCUCGGCAGAGAGAGACAUUGCCUGUGCCCCCAGUUGACAUUCGUGAACUUCUUUGUUGGUGGUCUCAGCUGAGAGGCUGAAGGAUAACUGGAAGUGUCUCUGUUGCCUGGUGAUGGGGCUUUUUUAGACAGAAUUGAAGAGCAUUUAGUGUAUGAUGAUAUUGGGCAAGGGAUAUUGGGCAAAGGGCUGGAGUGUAGGGUAGCCAUUGAUGAAUUUGUUUCUUGACAUUUGUUGUGCGAGUCUCUUGACCUGGAGGAGGAUUCGUAUUUGUAUGAAGUGUGUGGUAUUGGGACAGGUGGGCAGAGAUAGGAAAUUAUAGUGAAUAGGAGUUUGAUAGGAACCCUAACUUGGAGAUUGGUAGAUUAAACAAAUAAGAAAUACUGGUCUUGUGAGGUAGUAGAGGAUUAUUUUUAAUAGCUACAUGUUAGGGGAGAAAUAGAGCGGUGGUUACUGUACAGAAGCUUCAGUUUAGAGUCAUAUUGAGGAGAAUAGAUGGGCUGGAAGCAAGUAUUUUGAAUUAGGGUACGCUGCUGUUUUUGUGAUCUCCCCUUUUAGAAAGUAGAGAAAGGGAAGUCUUAUGCUUACUGGCUGUGUGGGUUGGAAGGCGGAAUGGUCAUUUUUAGAGGCAGCUUUGGAGGGAUACCCCCAGCUCCCCCGUCUUGUUCCAGCAGCUGUUGGGAGCAGUCCGAAGGGGGUAUUAUGUUUCUUCUGGUAACUCUGCCAAGAAUGAGAGGAAAUCCACAAUCUGUGGGUUUUGUAGGGGGGGUGAGGAUGGGGUGGCAGGUGAUGGGACAGGGAAAUUAAAUUGUUUUAUAGUAAAUAUGUUGAGAUAUUUUUCCUGGAAAGCUGUUUCACUAAAAGGAAUGAUAUUUCCCCUGCUCACUAACCCUGUAAUGAGUUCCUUCUCUUUAAAGAAAGGAAAAUGGUCUUUGAGUACUUCUUUUUCUUUUUUCCCUGUAGUUCCAACUUUGACCUCCCAUGUUUCUUUGAGUUUUUCUUUAGAAAAUCUACCUUGAAAAGUUGAAUCAAGGUUCAGAUAUGGGUGGUACGUGUGUUUGUCCCCUCUAGAAGUGAGUUGCUAAGGGUGAACUUCAUCCCUUAUUUUGGAUGCAGUUUGACUUUAUCAUAAUGGCCUAGAAGCUGGAGAUGUGGCAACUUUCUGGGUGACGUCUGGUUCAUAUUCUUCCUAUCCCUUCAUUCAGGCUGGAAGAGCACUAGGGAUUUUGAAGUCUGGUCACUUGGGUUGAGAACCUGUUUUGAUGAUUAAUAUAGAACACAGUUUCAUGAUUAAAAACAAUAAAAACUCUGGGAAGCAGAGCAGUGUAAUUAUUUCUCACAUUUCAGAUGAGGAGUCUAGGGAAAAGUCAUUUUGAGGGUAUGAGAACAAAGUCUACCUCUUAGUCUGCUAGUGCCUAAUUCAUGUCUCAGAGGAAGGCCUGUUCACUUAUCCCUGCCCCCUCCCCCCAAAUUGGCAUCUUUCUUGCCAUUGUUCGUUUUUAAAAAGUACUAAAUCAGUCUUUCCAAAAGUUGUAUUGUGGGACUCUUGAAAAACUAAUUUUAUAAUCAAAUGAGUGGGGGAAAUGCUAUGCACCACACUCCCUCUCCUGGGGAUCACAAUGCCCAUUGGAGAUUAAAGGCACUGGCAAGUCCUGCGAUAUAGGGACCUGUUUAAUUUUGUUUCAGCCAGCAUUGUGCAAAUUGUUUUGACCAUAACAUUCUUUUUUUCACUGUUAAAUAUCUCUUUAACAUCUUACAGAACACACAUACUGGUCAAGUGCGUGCAAAUACAGAACCUAACCAAUGCCAGGAGGAAAAGGAUUGAACAGUCACUAAGUUCUGAAUCUUAAGCUCAUUCAUAUAAAGGACCAGGGUUAUGCUUAGUGCUUCUGAAACUAUCUAGACACCUUUGGCAUGUGGCUGCCGUGUUAAGAUACUUUAUCUGCUCAGAUUUUUUUCCUUGAGCCUCUCUAGAAUAAGAAUUUGGAGGCUUUGGUUGACUUCUUGAAGAUGUGGUAUGUUACACAUUUUGAGAAGGGCCUUUGGAGCUAAGGUAUUGUUCCAAGUGUGACUUGCCAAAGGGAGAACCAUGUUUUGGAAACUCUUGCUUGAGCAGUUCCAAAGCAAUAUCUAUCAAAAUACCUAUUAUGCUAGGACCAUGGUUCUCACCUUUUAUGUUAAAGACAUAGUUUUGUAUGAUGUUAGAAUUUUUGAUAGAGGAUUAAAAGUGAAUGUCAUUUUUUAAAAAAAAAGCAAGUUUCAGAAAAUUGAAAACUUGUUCAUGAUUAUUUACACUAUGUACUUGUUCACCCUCUGGUGUGUUAAUAUUUGAACAGAAUUGUUUGUAGCCCUGACCUUGUUCUCUUAUAUCCUUCGAGGUAAAGUUCAUAUAUGUUCCUCUGAACAUGCAAUUUUCAUUUUAUUUUCAGCAAAUUGUAUCAUGGGCAACAUUUUUGCUUAGUGUCUGAUGGAAAUCCCUGUAAAAGUGUGGAUCGUCAGUUGAACAAAAAUAAAUUCUAUACAUUGUUUAAAAUUUAAUGGUGCACUUAUUCAGGGUUCCUGCUAUUCUACUUGUCUGCACAGUGAUUGUUGAGAGCCACUUUUAGAAGCAUAAAGUGGUUUAAGACUUGAUCCUGUGGAAUUUAUGACUAAAUUAGACAAUAAGAUGUAUAGCUGUGAAAAGCUAGCAAUGCCUAGAUGUAUGGUAGGUUCCACCUAACAGUUCAGAUGACAUGGAGAGGAAUGUUUGGAAGAGUCACGGAAGUAGAGGCGCUACCAAGAUUUUAAAGAAUGGAUGAAUUUGACUAGUCCCCAGAAGCUUUAGUCAGGGGCAGAGAUAGGCUGGUGCUGGCAAUGUAAGUGAAAAUGUCAAUAUAUGAGUGAACAUGGAAGAGAUUGGCUUGGAGGCAGUCCAGUUGCGUAGUGUGAAGAAUGAAAAGAUGACCAGUGUCCCAGUGAAGGAACGGGUGAAGGUGUCUCAGAACUGGAGACUGGGGCGCUGCCGAGAGGGGAUUCUGCUGAAGUGGAGAUGCAGUCAGAUGCCUUGGAUGCAGCUAGAGGAUGAUUCUCUGUACAUAUCUCAGGCUAAUUUCAUCCUGGCCUACCAGUUCCGUCCAGAUGGUGCCAGCUUGAACCGUCGGCCUCUGGGAGUCUUUGCUGGGCAUGAUGAGGACGUUUGCCACUUUGUGCUGGCCAACUCACAUAUUGUCAGUGCAGGAGGAGAUGGGAAGAUUGGCAUUCACAAGAUUCACAGCACCUUCACUGUCAAGUACUCGGCUCAUGAACAGGAGGUGAACUGUGUGGAUUGCAAAGGGGGCAUCAUUGUGAGUGGCUCCAGGGACAGGACGGCCAAGGUAUGGCCUUUGGCCUCAGGCCGACUGGGGCAGUGCCUACACACCAUCCAGACUGAAGACCGAGUCUGGUCCAUUGCUAUCAGCCCAUUACUCAGCUCUUUUGUGACAGGGACGGCUUGUUGCGGUCACUUCUCACCCCUGAGAAUCUGGGACCUCAACAGCUGCAGUGGAGCCACCUGGGCAGCAGGAUGGGUUGACCUCUCAGGGAUGUGGCCACACUCUGCUUGCUUCUUCCUCUCCAGUGGGCAGCUGAUGACACACUUGGGCAGUGACUUUCCCCCAGGGGCUGGGGUGCUGGAUGUCAUGUAUGAGUCCCCCUUCACACUGCUGUCCUGUGGCUAUGACACCUAUGUUCGCUACUGGGACCUCCGCACCAGUGUCCGGAAAUGUGUCAUGGAGUGGGAGGAGCCCCACGACAGCACCCUGUACUGCCUGCAGACAGAUGGCAACCACCUGCUGGCCACAGGUUCCUCCUACUACGGUGUUGUACGGCUGUGGGACCGGCGCCAAAGGGCCUGCCUGCACGUAAGUGUGCUCCUACUUCUUCUCCUGGAUGCUAGGACUCCUGAUUAUGGGCUGCAUCUGGGAGAGGGCCUUCCCGCUGACGUCGACCCCCCUCAGCAGCCCUGUGUACUGCCUGCGUCUCACCACCAAGCAUCUCUAUGCUGCACUGUCUUACAACCUCCAUGUCCUGGAUUUUCAAAACCCAUGACCAUCAGGGCCACCCCUGCCUACGGGUCAGGGAAACCAGCUACUCAGGGACCUCUGUUGUUUGGAGGAUGCAGUGAUAACUCUCCCACUGCCCCACUAUGCUCCUGGACCUGUGACCCCAGUGCUUGGGCACCUUGCCCUAGAGUCUCUGACUCCUGGGGCUUGGGGGCUUACCAGAGAUGCAGUCCCUCCCAGGAACCUGUUGGAGAGGCAGGACCUGCUGCUUUAGAGGAGUACAGCUGAACCCGGGCCUUGUGUUCCAGAGAGGCCCAUCUUACACCCCUUAUUAGAGCCACGACAGCCUGCAGAGUGAGGUGAGGAGCUCCCACCUUCCCAAAUGGUUCCUUUCUGCCCCUUCAUGGAAGGAAAGGUGAGGCUGCCAGUAGCCCCCUGGCACCAGCCAGACUUCACCCUUGACCAUCCUCUCGGGGCUGGGGGUUCAUUCCUGGGGCACUGUGGCCUGGUUUUGUUUGAAACCAAGAAAGGGCAAAGAGAACCCAGCAGUUCUGAUUGAGUUCUGAGCCAUCCCUACCUCAGGCUGGCUGUGGAGACAUGUUACAAUUUUCAUUUUUGUAAAAAUAAAGCUUGAUUGUUCA